AUGUCUCACCAAUCUGGAAUUCGAGUUUCGCAAGAACUCGCAGACGUGUUUGCAAAGGCCGUUUCCGAAAAAAAUUUAAGACUUUUACGCAUAUCAAUUAUUAAUGAAUCAUUGGUUCCAAACGGCACAAAAGAAAUUGCUGAUAAUUGGGAAUCUGACUUUGCAGGAGUUAGUGACUUCUUGGAAGAAAAGACACCUUGCUACAUCCUUUAUCGACUUGAUUCAAAAUCUUCGACAGGAGACUAUGAAUGGAUAUUUAUGACCUACGUUCCUGAUAUUUCUAAGGUCCGAGAUAAGAUGUUGUACGCAUCGACACGUGCGACAUUACUAAAAGAGUUAGGUGACUCCCGCUUCGUUGAUUCUGUGUACGGUACUACAACAGCCGAGUUUUCGUUGGAAGGAUACCAGAAACAUAGACGACAUAAGGAAGCUGACGCGCCAUUAACGGAGCGUGAAAAAGAAUUAGCCGAAGUGAAAACUGCUGAGGCUAAUGCGAAUGCAUUCAGUUAUUCAACACGUAAAUCUCAUGCGGCGGGAAUUUCUUUCCCCAUGUCCGAUGAAGCGAUACAAGCCAUACAAGGUUUGCUACAACCUGAUUUGACAAACAAUUUUGUGAAACUAUUUUUGGAUAUCAAAAAAGAAACGAUCGAACUUGAUGAAACCGUUAAUAUUAACAUCGACAACCUUGCAAAAUCUUUCCCUACCGAUUCUCCAAGAUAUGCUUUUUACGUUUAUCAACACACACACGACGGGGUGGAUGUUAUCUCCAACAUUUUCAUAUAUACUUGUCCUCCGAACUCAAAAAUUCGUGAACGUAUGUUGUAUUCAUCAUGUCGAGGUUCUGUGAUCACGUUUGCGGAAAAAGAAGCCGGCAUUUCAAUCACGAAAAAGUUGGAAACGAAUGAUCCGGAAGAUUUUACUAAAUCUUAUAUUUUGGAUGAAUUACAUCCAACAACUGAAACAGCACCAAUGUCGUUUUCCAGACCUAAACCACCAGGAAGAAAGGGAGUUGUUAGAACGUAG